CAGCGCGGCGCAUGCGCACACAAGCCAAGUUUGAAAGCGCAGCGCGCGCAGCUGCGCCGGUCACGUGGUUCCGAGGAGAAGAUGGCGGCGGUGUUAGAACGGAGCUUCGUGGAGUUCUGCGGGUUCGAGCGGGAAGCGGAGCGGCGAUUCCGAGAGAUUACUGUGUGAGUGCUCCUCCAGGUGGGCUGAAGUAUGCAGACAGUGCUGGAGCGUUUCACUAUGAGGAGAGCGGCAAGCUGCUGUCGGUUACCAGCAACAGAUUUAUUCACUGGUCGACAUCGGCUGACUCUGUGCAGCUGGUGGAGCAGUCUCUGGACACCAACCUCCUGAAUAACUCUGUUAGACUGAAGUUCAGCCGCUGCAGCGUCCUGCCAGGAGGAGUCAGCAUCCAUGAGACCCUGAACAACAUCAUCAUCCUCAUCUGCACCAAUCAGAGCGUCCACAGGCUGGUGCUGCCACACCCGGCGCGAAUGUACCGCAGCGAGCUGGUGACAGAACGCCACAUGCAGUCCAUCUUCACAGACGUGAUGAAGCUGGACCUGCAGGACCCGGCUCACUACUCAGUCCUCACCAGCUGGGCGGGGCACACGGCCAGUCCCGGCGCCGCCACGGCCUGGAUCAGUUUCCACGGAGACGCCCACUUCGCGCUGGCCUCGCCCGCCGGGGGCAUCACCGUGGUGACGCUCCCACCUCACGGCACCCAGGGCGGCGUGUCGGUGGUGGAGCUGAAGAGGAGCUCGGUGAUGAGGAGGAUCUCCGGCUGGAUGCCCACAGCCAUCCGGGGGGAUCAGAGUCCGGCUGACCUGGUUCUGAGUCUGGCGGUCCGGGAGCUGGAGGAAGACUCCUUCAUCUUCGCUCUGGGUCAGAACCACAGGCUGCGCAUGUGGUCGCUCACGGACCACACGUGUCUCCUGGAGGCGGACAUGUUGGAGUACAUGCCGGUGUGUAAAGGUGUGAGGCGUCUGUCGGGUCAGGGUCACCGCCUGAGGCUGACCUUCUCCUCCAGAACCGGGCUCUGCUUGUGUGUUUACCUGGCGGUCCCGCAGAGGGGCCAGUUCAUCAUCCUGCAGCUGGUCGGAACCGACAACAACCGCUACAGCCUGGAGCACAUCUCCUCACUGUUCAACACGCAGGAGACUCUGGUGGACUUCACUCUGACCCCCUCCGAUGUCUGGGCCCUGUGGGUGGACGAGUCCGGCAACACUGUGGUCAAAUAUAUCAACUUUGAGCACAACACGGCGGGCCAGUGGAACCAGGUCUUUGUUCAGCCUCCUCCUCCAGAAGAAGUCCCCGUAGGGAUGGACCUGGACCCCCGGGAGAUGUACCUGGAGGUUCUGUUCUCUCCUCUGAGGUUCACAGCUUCAGCCAUCGUUAAAGCUCUACAGAUCUUCCAUCGUGGUUCAGAGACAGUCUCGGAUCUGUCCUGGGAGAACCUGAAGAAGGAGGUGACUCAGGCGGUGGAGAGUGAGUUGCGGAGCAGCGUCACAGAGUUCGAGUUCUCUCAGGAGGAGUACCGUCAGCUGCAGGUAGAGUUCUGGUCCAGGUUCUACUCGUGCUGUCUUCAGUACCAGGAGGUGGAGUCAUCUCCUCUGGGUCUGACCGUCAGUCCCUACACCGGCAUGGUCUGCCUGCUCCGCAAGGGCUUCGUGUCCUUCCUGCUGCCGUGUUUUGCCGUGGAUCACCUGUACCUGUCCUGCGACGAGUACCUGCUCUACGAGGAGGAGACGCCCGUCGCCGACGCCCCCGACGUGGCCCGAGACGUCCUGCAGCUGGUCCAGAGCCUGCGCCUGGUCAGCGACGCCGUCUCUGCAGAGAUGGCCUACGAGAUGGAGAGAGCUCUGGAGUAUCUUCAGACCCCCGAGAGAGCGGCCCAGCUGGUUCUGGAGGACCUGCUGUGCAACGACACCGAUAACGUCAUCGUGGACAUCCAGAACAAGCUGCAGGACGUGCGGAACCCGGCGGCAGCCAUGAUGGUUCUGCUGAGGGAGAUGGACCUGGAGACGGACUCUGAUCUGGGUGUGGACGGGCCCGUGGUGGCAGACCUGAGCGUGAGGAUGAAUCUGUCCCGGCUGUACAGCAGCAGCUGCGCCGUGUCCACCAUCUGCCAGGCUGUGUGCCACACCGCCAUGACCCGGGCCCGUUUCUGCAGAGACCUGCUCAUCCUGCAGAAACUCUACCUGCGCUUCGGAGACAACGUGUUUCUGGGAGGCGGGGCCCAGCUGCUGCAGGUCCAGCAGGAUCUGAUCCCUCGGACCUCCCACCUCCUCUCCUCCUAUCACCUCCUCAAACACGUCAGUCAAAGCCUGGCGUCCUCCAUCCCCAUGGACACCAUUGACGUCAACCUGCAGCACCUCACAGCGUUGGAGCUGUCGGACACACCGAGCGUCACCUCAGGUAGAUCAGCUCUGAACCCUCAGACGGUGGUGGAGCUCUUCUAUCAGACGGUCGGCAGGAGGAUCAUCACCUCGCAGAUGUUUUCCCAGCAGCCGUGUGACUCUCUGCUCCUCUGGACUCAGCUGACCUCCAACAUGGUCCACCUGCUCGCUCAGCUGCUAUGGCCCAGUAAUCCUGGUUUCCAGUUCCCCGAGUGCCUGAUGGCCAACUGUCAGUUCAGCCAGCUGCAGGAGUACGUGCGUCUGAUUGGCCCGUGGUGCCAGGUGAACAUUGGCUCGUGUCGCUUCGUCUUGGCUCAGUCCUACCUGGCCAACGGUGAGAGUCAGAAGGCCCUGCAGUGUUUCCAGGAGGCGGCGUCCGAGGUGGAGAGGGAGGAGUUUUUGAUGAAGCUGACGGCCGGCGAGGAUGAAGAGGCGGCGUCCAGCCCCAGGUUACAGUACUACAACAAGGUUUUGCGGCUGCUGGAGGACGUUGGUCUGCCUGAACUCGUCAUCCAGCUCGCCUCUCUGGCCAUCACAGAGGCCGCUGGCGAUGCCCACAGUCAGGCGGCUCUGUGGACCCGGGUCUUCAAACAUCAUCUGGACUUGGGACACAACAGUGAGGCUUAUGAAGCUCUGACCCAGAAUCCUGACAGCAGCAUGCAGCUGGAUUGUCUCCGUCAGCUGGUGGUGGUUCUGUGUGAACGCUCUCAGCUGCAGGACUUGGUCCAGUUCCCCUACGUGAACCUGCACGAUGAGGUGGUCAGCAUCAUCGAGUCUCGUGCUCGCGGUCUGGACCUGCUGACCCACAACUACUACGAGCUGCUGUACGCCUUCCACAUUGGCCGACACAACUACAGGAAAGCCGGGACCAUCAUGUUUGAGUUCGGGAUGCGUCUGGGUCGGGAGGUUCGGACUCGCCUCGGCCUCCAGAAACAGGUGAACUGUUACCUGGCUGCCCUCAACUGUCUGCGCCUCAUCAGACCGGAGUACGCCUGGAUCGUGCAGCCGGCGUCUGGGAGCACGUACGAGCGUCCAGGAGCGUCACCAAAGAGGAACGCUGACGGAGAGUUUUCUGCUGAACCAGCUGCAGGUAGACGUCAGGUGGACAUCCUGGAACUGACUGACCUGGAGAAGGAGUACUUCCUGUCCCGCGCUCGCCUCACACUCGCUCAGCACCACCCCCCGUCUGCAGCCAUCGCAGGAAGUGCGUCUGCUCCAGAACUGGUCCUCCUCCUGGUCCAAACAGGACUCUUUGACUCAGCACUGUCUCUGAGUCGGACCUUUAAACUGGACCUGAGUCCAGUCUUUGACGCUCUGACCUUCAAGUGCAUCCAGAUGCAGUUUGGGGGGGAGGAGUCUCAGAACGAAGCUUGGAGCUGGUUGGCUGCCAAUCAGCUGUCUGUCGUUAACACAAAGGAGUCCAGCGCCACUGAUGAGGCGUGGCGCCUGCUGGCCUCCUACCUGGACAGGUAUCCUUCCACCAACGGGCAGCAUCAUCGCCACGUCAUCCACAAGCUGCUGUCACAUGGAGUGCCGCUGCCUGAUUGGCUGCUGCAGUCCUAUAAGCGUGUUGAUGCUCCGUCGCUGCUGCGCCUCCUCCUGAACUUUGACCACCUGGAGGCGGCGGCCGAGCUCGUGCUGGAGUACGUGGACGCCGUCCUUGGCCGAGGACACCAGUACUUUGGAAUAGAGAGGCCGCUGUCGGCCACGUCUCCGCCCGCCUGGCUGCCGUACACCGCCAUCGAUCAGCUGCUGCACGCUCUGAGCGAGACGCGGACGCACAUCAAUCUUCACACCAAACUCCAGGACAAACUAGACGAGUAUCACGGCGUCGUGCGACAGAUGAGCCAACGGCGUCUCAUCGCUCAGAGACGAGUCGCUGCUGAGAUCAGCUGAUCAAUAAUCUGAUCAAUAAUCUGAUCACUUUUCUACGUGUUGUUUUUCACCUGUAAAUGUGUUGAAUUAGAAUUAAAAUGUUUUUUUUAAAGUUU